AUGGCGCUCACCAGCUGGAAAGCCUUCCCGUUCUUCCAGGUCUCACAAGUCCCCGUGCCUGCGGACGAGGAGGGAUCCUAUGUCUUCGAUAACGAUGUCAUAUCCCUAGCCACUGGAUCCGACUCCCUAUUCCUGGGCUCCUCAGACGGCACCGUGCGCAUCCUGUCCAAAGCACUUAAAGUUAUCCGCGCAUUUCAAGCCUCCGACACCGAUGAUGCCUCCAUCACUCACAUACGACAUAUCCCCAACACCGCCUUUCUCGUCACCAUCUCGGAGAAUCUCUCGACAGACCCUUCGUUGAAAGUGUGGGCAUUGGACAAGACGGAAAAGAAGUCGAGCAGCCCCAAGUGUCUCUGCACAGUCGCGGUGCAGAACGGCAGACGACAGUUCCCGACGUCCGCACUCGUCGUGCUCGACGAUCUGAGUCAAGUUGCGGUCGGAUUCGCCAAUGGCUCGGUCACAGUCAUACGGGGCGAUUUCAUCCACGACCGGGGCACGAAGCAACGCACGGUGUUCGAGUCGGAGGAUCCCAUCACAGGCCUCGAGGUCCGGCAGGGCGCAACCAAGACUCUAUACAUCGCGAACACGGCGCGAAUAUGCAGUCUCGUCAUCUCCGGCAAGGGCCAAGGACAGCCGGUGCGGACUGUCGACAACAAGGGCGCCAGUGUUGGGUGCAUGACUCAGGACGCCGAGAGUGGAGAUAUCAUCAUCGCCAGAGAAGAUGCGGUCUACUACUAUGGCCCCAAGGGCCGUGGGCCGAGCUUUGCUUUCGAAGGACCAAAGAAGAUCGUCAAGGUGUUCAAGGAAUACGUUGGUUUGGUCUGUCCGCCACGGGUAGCUCAGGUGUCCAAGUCCAAGACGUAUAGGCGUCUUGGUGGGGACGAGAUAGAUGAACUGUUCAGCAGCUCAUCGUUCACUCUGCUCGAUACCGAUCUGAAAUACAUCGCCCACACGGAGUCACUGCCAGCACAGGUCAAGGAAGUUUUCGUCGAGUGGGGCGAGCUGUUUCUGCUGACCAUCGAUGGCAAGCUAUAUCGAUAUCAAGAGAAGAGCCUCCAGCAGAAGCUAGAGAUCCUCUACCAGCGAAACCUUUAUAUCCAUGCCAUCAACCUCGCACAGAAAUUCGGGGCGGACAAAGUCCAACAGAACAUCAUCUUCCGCAAGUACGGAGACUACCUAUACCAGAAGGGCGACUAUGACACGGCGAUGCAGCAGUAUUUGCGAGCGAUCGACAACACGGAGCCAUCACAAGUCAUCCGACGAUUUUUAGAUACGCAACGUAUACACAACCUGAUCGAUUACCUUGAAGAACUCCAUGAUCACGAUAGGGCGACGGCGGACCACACUACACUGUUGCUAAACUGCUAUGCAAAGCUGAAGGACACGGAAAAGUUGGACGCCUUCAUCCGGACACCCGGAAGUGCCAAGUUCGACGUUGAGACCGCGAUCGCCAUGUGUCGACAAGGAGGGUACUACGAGCAGGCGGCCUAUCUUGCAACAAAACACGGCGAGAACGAACUCGUGAUCGACAUAUUGAUCGAGGAUUCGAAGAAAUACGCCGAGGCACUGCAAUUCAUCUGGCGAUUGGAGCCUGACACGGCGUAUCCGGUGUUAAUGAAAUAUGCUCGCAGUUUGAUCGAGCAUUGUCCGGAAGAGACGACGAGGCUGUUCAUCGAGUAUUACACCGGACGGUACAAACCAAAAGAAGACGUGCCCGCCGUUUCUGAGGUGCAAGCCCAGACCGGAGGCGGCACAUUCCAGAGUCUGUCGGCACUGUGGACACUGCCUUUCAUGCAUCGUUCGUCGGCAGAUACACCAGCUGUAACUCCCGCUGUAGAACAAGAGCCCGUGGCUGAUGGCGCAGAUCAAAGCGAGGUAGUGGCAGAGAAGAUUCCAUCUUAUCCAACACCACGCCCUCGAACAGCUUUUUCAUCCUUCCUCGCUCAUCCAUCACAAUUCAUCACGUUUCUAGAAGCGCUCAUCGAGCAAGAGAACCUGUCAAAGCAAGACCGUGCAGAUCUAUCCACGACGUUGUUUGAGAUGUACUUGGAGGCCGCCAAUGGCGCCGGCGAUGCCGCAGCCAAAAUACGAUGGCAGGCGAAAGCGAGUGGUCUGAUUGCCACCAGCCAAGGAGCAACCAGUGAUGACUCCCCAAUUGAUGUCUCAAAUGUCUUGCUGUUAUCAUCGCUCUCGAGAUUCCCCACCGGAACGACACUCGUCCGAGAACGAGCACAUCUCUAUGCGGACAUAUUUCGAUCAUUCACGUCUGCGAAGGACACGUCGGGGGCGAUAUCGGCGCUCCGAAAAUACGCAUCAGAAGACCCUAGCCUAUACCCUCUGGCUCUAGGCUAUUUCUCGUCCUCGGUCGAAGUGCUUCAAGAAGCAGGAGUGAGAGAAGAACUUCAAACGGUGCUGCGAAGGAUCGAUGAGGAAAAUCUCAUGGCGCCACUACAGGUGGUGAAGGUUCUAUCACAAGGUGGCGCUGUCACAAUGGGCAUGGUCAAGUCCUACCUGGCCGAGAAUGUGUCUCGAGAAAGAAAAGAAAUCCAAGCGAACCGCCGACUCAUCGAUUCUUACCGCACCGAGACCGCCAGCAAGACGGCGGAACUUACAGAUCUUGAGUCUAAACCCGUCGUCUUUCAGGCACGCCGAUGCUCCUCAUGUGGUCGUAAUCUCACUCUUCCAACAGUGCAUUUCAUGUGCAAGCACUCAUUCCAUCAGGAGUGCUUGAACAAGCCGGGGAUUGGGUAUGGCAACAAAGUUGGCGGGGACGACGGCGAUGCUGGCGAUUGCCCUAUCUGUAAACCGGGCAAUGAUACCAUCAAGGCCAUCCGUCGACAGCAGGUGGAGAGUACGGAGCAGCACGAUCUGUUCAAGGCUGCUUUGGGCCGCAGUACCAAUCGGUUUGGCACGGUCAGUGAGUUCUUUGGCAGGGGUGUGAUGAGCCCGGUGCCUCCUGUUGCGGAGUGA